CGUCGUCGUCGUCGUCAUCGUCAUCGUCAUCGUCGUUAUCACCAUUGUCAUCGUUAUCGUCAUCGUCAUCGUCAUCAUCGAGUCCGACACACGUGACCGAGCCGUGAACUCGGUAGAAGCCGACAUCAUAGCGUCGAGCAGAAACAACAAGCAACCAACCACUAUGUCGAAGCUUUAUGUGGGCAAUCUGCCGUCAGAUUGCAACGAAAGCACCCUCAGGCUACUUUUCCAGGAGCACAGCUUAGCCUGCACCACGAUCCUGGUGAAGCGCGGCGGCUACGCCUUCGUCGAUUGUGCCGAUCAAUCCACGGCCGAUCGAGCGAUCGACAAGCUGAACGGAUACACUUACCUCGGAUCUUCGCUCGUGGUGGAGCCGUCUGUGGCAAGCGGAGCCAAGAAACGGUGA